UUACCCAGUGCAAAGGUUCUCAUCUGAAAGUUGAAAGUUUUGUGUGUGAAGUUGUAACGAACUCUGCAUCGAGACUUCAGAUGUCAACGAGAAUGAUAUACUCCUCAUACGCGGCACCGUUUAGCUGAGAUUUAAGAUUUUACCGGCAGCAAGAAAUAAACCAAGAACUACAAAAAUGCAGCGGCUGUGAAGCUGCUACACAGGUGGUGUCACGCCAUGCAGCGCGCGGGUGGGAGAAGGGCCUGUGCGCCAUGAGCCACACUCCUGUCGGCGGCCACCCGCAAGGUUGGGAGUACAAGCUUGCUGACAGGUCGUCGUUACCGCCGGCGUCUGGGGAGGAGAAGAGUAAAUCUCAAUCCAAACAUGUGUUCACACAACCACAUCUUCCUAAAAUGGCGUGGCGCGAGGAGACGGAGGGCUCUUCAGGCGGCUCGCCCGCCGCCUCCCCACCCUACAUGCGAUGGGCGCGCUCGCUGCACAACUUACUCGAGGACGCGGAGGGCGUGCGCUUGUUCCGCAAGUUCGUGGGCGGCGCCGGCGGGCUGCACGUGGACCGUCUCAACUUUUACUUCGCCGUGCAGGGCUUGCGUCAGGAGACCGAGCCGUCCAAGAUCCGACAAGUCGUCUCCGCCAUAUACAAAUUUCUACGCAAGUCUCAGCUAACGAUGCCUGAGCAGCUGAAGGCACAGGUCAAGCAAGGACUCAAAGACGGCGCCGCCAUAGAAAGAACCAUCUUCGACAAUAUGGAGCAGGAGGUAACGCGCGACAUAACAGAAACGACAUAUAGAGCGUUCUUACGGUCGGAGGCGUACGUGUCCUAUGUCUCGGCGGCCACGCAGCCGUUGUCGUCGCCCGAUGCAUCACCACCGCACGCGCACCGGGACUUCGGCGUGUCCGCCAGCGGAGGCCUAGCGACCCUCCACGAGGGACAAGAGCUGGGUGCGACGGCGGCCCCCACGGCGCCUGCGCGGCUCACGCACGACGCCUUGUUGGCCACGCAAUCGCGCCGCCUGCACUCCGAUAUCGCGCCACACCGCAAGCCGUCGGUGUACAGCGCGCACGUGACGUACGCGGGUUACUGCCCCGCCUCGCGGCAGGAUUCGGAGCGUGCCAGUCUUAGCAGCGGACGCACCGACAGCGACGCCGUCAGCUUGUCCGGCAGCAGUGUAGAUGGCAUGUCGGUUCGCGGCGUGCGCGAGCGUGAACGGCAUCGGCCGCGACUGCCCGGCAUGGACAAGUAUGCCGUCAUCAACAAGGAGCAGGACACCGGCAUGGUAAUCCCUCGAACGCAACGCGUCUCGUCAGAGGCGUUGCGCGUCCUACCGCCGGCGGAAUUUGCGCCGCUGCUCAUCGAGAAGCUAGAACGCGUGAAACGCGACCAGGACACCAAGGAGCGCCUGGAAAGAAGACUCCAGGAGGGCGAUGGCGAAGAAGCGACGCAGGCUUUACCUCCGCAGUUAGUGGCGGCUGCUAUCCGAGAGAAGCUGCAACUCGACGACGAUAACGACCAGGACAUACUCGACCAGCACGUCAGCCGGGUUUGGUCCGAGCGGACGCCCGGGGCGUCGCCGCCGGGCACCAGGCGCGCGCGCCCCCGCCACGCGCCGCACGCGCCGCACGCGCACCGCCGUGCGCCGUCCGCGCUGUCGGCCGACUCGGGCCACUACGACGCGCCGCCCGACCAGCUGCACCACUCGCACUCCCUCACCCGCAGGUCAUUCUCUAAGAAGACGGUGACAGAAUUAACCGACAGUGGAGUGUCAGUAGUGAGCGAAGGAACAACGAGUGCAGGUGGUGUAGAGCCCCGUAUUCUGCUGUGGAUCGCCGAGGGUUCCGAGCGGCUCGAACGACGCGGGUACAGGGAACUCUCGUCGCGCGGAUCGUCUGUCGAUAGAGAUGACCGUCGUCGCGAUAAGCAACGACAACGUGGCAGCGGCAGCAAAUCAAGCAGUACAAGCGGCGGUGGCACGACAACAGUGGCGGGUGGCGCCAGCGGGGAUCAGCAGACGGUGGUGGUGGUGUCGUUUCUGGAUGAGGCGGUGCCAUACCGAUUCAAGGUGCCUGCCUCGCCGCUUACGCUGAAGACCUUUAAGGACUACCUGCCCAGGAAGGGAAACUAUAGGUAUUUCUUCAAAACCGAAUGUGCUGAUCUGGACAACACGGUGAUCCAGGAGGAAGUUAGCAACGACAGCGACACGCUGCCCAUGUUCGAGGGAAAGGUCAUGGCCCGGGUUAAGAGCAUCGAGUGAACGUUACGCUGCCUGUACACAUUGCUGGUUACGUUCUGUACGAACUAAGCUGUCAACAUCUGGUAAUAAGCACGUUUGGUUUUUAAGUGGAGAACCCUCAGCGGGCUACAUCUCGUAUACGCUUAGCAGGUUACAUGAAAAAUCUUUGUUAGUUACAUCUGGCAUUCACUUUGUUACAUCUGGUUACAUUUUGUAAAUAUGUUGCUGGCAUACACAAGAGCUAGUCACGACAUGUAUAAUAGCUAUGAGUUGGUUACACCUGUUGUAUCGACUGAUAACUUUGUAUUCACAUCAUACAUACUUUAUAAUUUGUAAUGUGAUAGGUGAUAGAUUAAUACAGAGCGACACUGUCGGGUAUCAAAUUAUGGGUACAGAAUAUUCCUCUUUAUUUGUCAGCUGAUUUAAACAUUUGCUAUUUAUUAGGCAAGUGCUCGGUAUAAUUUGGUACACAACAAUAUCGCUUUUGCGUUAUUUCUCAAAAGAUCUUAACAUUAAGUAGACCUAUCAGAUAUAAACGGAGACUGCUUCAGAAACUGAAAACGACUUGUUUAUAUUGUUACUAUUUGAAGUUCAAUUUUAUGAAUUUCGAGCCUUUAUAGCCGGUUAUGUAUGAAACCGUAUACUUGGGCAAAAUGAACCCAAACUACCAUUUUUUUGCUGACCACUUAAUCUUCACGUGAAACCUUUUUUAAUACUUCUACAACUCUAGUACUCAUUGUAUAGAGGAUUCUCCAAUAAUAGACCGAGUGAAUGUGUUGGUUGUUUGGCUUGGAUUAUUGGUUCGGUUAGAGUCGCCUAUCUUGUUGCCUAAAAGAUAAAUUUAGAAUUUUUAAAUGGGAUAGUCGAGACUCGCAAGUUAUAUGGCAAACGUAAAUUAAAAUUUACAACAAAUCAAAUAUUUCUAUUAUUAUAAACACCGGAUACUAAAUUUCAACCGCUAUUAAUACAAACAUAGGGAAUGAAACUAUGCAUCGAUGCAGUAUACAAAUAAAUGUAAAAUACCUGUAACAAAAUUAUCUACUAAAUCUCUGCUCUUCCGGUAAAUAAAGGAGUUUAGAGUACCGGCCGAAGCUUUAUUUUAUAAUAUUGACAAAUUAUUUAAAAAUGAAUGUUAUGAAUUGGAACAGAGAGUAUAAAUGAGUGCGAUUAUCGCAUAUGACAAUUUUUAUGCACGCAUUUUUGCACUAAAUUAUCAGUCGAAAGCAUUGACGUCGAAAGUGAUUGCUAU